CACACGUAGGCACUGUGACUCUGUGAGCACCAGUUAGGGUUUAAGACGUCCAAAAUAAAAGAGAAAACCCCAGAACCCCCACAAAACAAACUAAAAUGGAAGUACAAUCAAUUUGUCUUGGAAUUCCCGUCCCACAAUUCAAGUCCUCAAAUGAUCGUCUCCUUGCUUAUCGAAUUGUCUCUCCAAGCCAAGUCGGAUUCAAAGGUCCCAAUGUUUGUCUUCAAAAUACAUAUAGAUCGCAUAUUUUCCCUGGUUCAACGCGUAAAACUGGAGGGUCUUUGUUAAGGCCUUUGCCAAGAGGAGCUAUUGUAUGUGCCUCUAAUUCUGAUACUGAGGCAAAGUUGGACCUUUCUAAGAGCGAAAAUUCUGGUGUAGCCGUUGGUAGUUUUAAUGGGGUGGAGCCAUUUCGUGGGAAAUCCGGUUCUGUUUCAUUUUGUGGCUUAACUCACCAGCUAGUGGAAGAAGGGAAGUUGAUGUCAGCUCCUUUCCAAGAAGACAAGGGUUCUUUUCUCUGGAUUCUGGCACCUGUUGCACUCAUACUGUCGUUGAUCCUUCCUCAGUUUUUACUUGGCAAUGCAGUAGAAAAUUUCUUCAGGAACGAGGUUCUCAUAGAGAUUGUGGCUUCACUAUUUUCUGAGUCUGCGUUUUAUAUUGGUCUUGCAACAUUUCUGCUUGUGACUGAUCAUGUUCAAAGGCCAUAUUUGCAAUUCAGUCCAAAGAGGUGGGGACUCAUCACAGGUCUCAGAGGAUACUUGUCAUCUGCUUUCUUCACAGCAGGCUUUAAGGUUGUUGCUCCUCUCUUUGCUGUCUAUGUAACUUGGCCAGUGCUUGGCCUGCCAGCCUUGGUUGCAGUGUUUCCUUUUCUAUUUGGCUGUGCAGCUCAACUUGCAUUUGAGACAUAUCUUGACAAGCGUGGGUCAUCUUGUUGGCCACUGAUUCCAAUUAUUUUUGAGAUAUAUAGACUAUAUCAGUUGAGCAAAGCGGCUCAUUAUAUUGAGAGGUUGAUUUUCUCGAUGAAAGAUGCUCCAAGCUCUCCAGAAUUGCUGGAGAGAAGUGGUGCAAUGUUUGGCAUGGUAGUGACUUUUCAAGCCCUUGGUGUGCUUUGCCUCUGGUCACUGUUGACGUUUCUUCUAAGGCUCUUUCCUUCAAGGCCAGUGGCUGAGAACUACUGAUUUUUACAAGGGAUACUGUAUAUUCAUUUCUAAAGGUUUUUGAACUCCUUCACUAAAGGGUUGUACAUUUAGGUAAAUGCUAGCUGUUGCCAUGGCGAUGAUGUAAUGAUCUUGUGGCCACAAAGUUUUGUUCCAAUUGGGAUGUUUGUUUGAGAUGGUUCUGAAGGUUGAGAUUUUGGGUGCCUAGAUACGGGAAAUGAGGUUUGAUAGACUGAAACUGUUUCUAUUAAUUGUUGCUCACUUA